CGCCCUGCCGGGAUGCACCGGCCCCGAGCGCCGGGCUGCUGCUGGCGGCUGCCCAGCCGCGCCGCCCCCUCCCCGCAGCGCCGCGCGGCCCUGCGGCUUUUACGGGAAAGGGGGAGAGAAAGGCCGGGAGCAGCUCCAAGCGCAAUCCGUCACCUGCGCCGAGCGGCGCGGAGGCACUCGCAGCCGCGGCGGGGAUGGGGAGGCCGGGGCGCUGGGGAGGCCCGCGGCUGGCCGGGGCCGGCGGCUGCGCACUGCCGCCCGGGCCUGGGAAAGUUGGCAGCGCCGGCUCCCGGCCGCUCCUCGGCCGUUCCCAGGCCCUGCUGCAAUUUCCAUUAAUAGCCAGCUGAGAGGCCCGGCUAAAAAUAACCGCCCGCCCUCUUCAUAAGGCCCCGGCGCCGCCCCGGCAGCAGCCGCAGCCCCGGCAGCCCCUCCGCACCGCGCGAGAUGGCCGAGCGCCGCGUGCCCUUCACCUUCCUCCGCAGCCCCAGCUGGGAGCCCUUCCGGGACUGGUACCACGGCAGCCGCCUCUUCGACCAGUCCUUCGGGAUGCCCCACAUCCCCGAGGACUGGUACAAGUGGCCCAGCGGCAGCGCCUGGCCGGGCUACUACCGGCUGCUGCCCAGCGAGAGCCCGCUGGUGCCGGCGGUGGGUGCAGCCUACGGCCGGGCGCUCACCCGGCAGCUCAGCAGCGGCGUCUCCGAGAUCCGCCACACCGCCGACAGCUGGAAGGUCACCCUGGACGUCAACCACUUCGCGCCCGAAGAGCUGGUGGUCAAGACCAAGGACAACAUCGUGGAGAUAACCGGGAAACACGAGGAGAAGCAGGAUGAACACGGCUUCAUCUCCCGCUGCUUCACCCGCAAAUACACCCUCCCGCCCGGCGUUGAUGCCACGGCCGUGCGCUCCUCGCUCUCGCCGGACGGCAUGCUCACCGUGGAAGCGCCCCUGCCCAAGCCGGCCAUCCAGUCCGCCGAGAUCACCAUCCCCGUCACCGUCGAGAGCCAAGGCAAGAAGGCAGAGGAGCCGGCCAAGAAGUAGCCGGCCCUGAGGAGGGAGCGAACCCACCGCCUGCCGCCACUGCCCUGCACAAAACAGCUCCUCACGCUGCCCCCCGCUUUGAUCCCCCUUUUUAUUCGUUAUUUUGUACUCACUCUGUCACUGAGUGUCUCAAAUAAAUGUGAAGAAAAAAGUAGAAUCAACCGGAAUAAACGGCCGUGAAAUAAA